AGGCGUUCUGCGAUACGUUUGUGUUCAAAAAAAAUCGUCGGCGGUUUCUUUGAAAUAUUUCCAAAUACAUAUAUAUUUGAUAUACGUAUAUACAUAUAACACAUUAGACUUUGUCGGGUACAUCUUUAUUAAAUCGGCAUAUUCGCAAAUAAUUAUAAAGCAAAUCAUGCAGCGACUUAAGUGUUCCGUGUUUGUGUUUCUAUUUUUGGUAAUCAAUGUCGGUCUUGCAUUUAACAUAAUUGGAAUCAAUAAGCAAAUGCUCUACGAGUAUGUGGGCAAUGUUCUUGUUGGCUCCAAACCCCAGGACGAGGGACGUCCGGCACCGCCAACAACCGGUUGGAUUGUCCGUGGAAAAUUAACGCUCCAGCGACAGAGCGAACUGAUCAUGGCCGCAGCGCUGGUCAUAGACGAUGUAACGCUCAACAAUUCGGGCGAAAAGUUUCUACAGAACAAGGAAAUGUAUCCCCCAUAUAAGCCCUUCAAGAUCAUACUGACCAGAGAGGGCACCAUAUCCCAUGUCGUGUUCAAGGAAGGCGAUCCCAUUUGGUCGAUGAACUUCAAGCGCGCCAUUGCCAGCACACUGCAGUUUCAAAUCAAGUCCAGUGGAGCCUUUGUGGUGGAUGAGACGGGCAUACACGGCCAGUGCCAGACCGAAUAUUUUGUCUCCAACAAGACAAACUACAUAUCCAUACGGAAAACGCCGGAGCUCAAGACCUGUGUGCCUUAUUCGGAAGCUAUCCAUGUUACUCGCAGCAAUGUUCCCCCAAACACAUGUGAAUUUGAUCAUCAGAAGAGCGUGAUCAUUGGCAACGAGGCCAUCUACGGCAUACUGCCACACAAUGAGACGGGCUACUUCCUGAGCAUGGCGCAUGCCAAGGGCACUACGCUAAUCCACACCUUUGAGUCGACGGGCGAGGCGCAAUACAUCAACUCGGAGCUUUUGCUAAACUUUCAAAAUGAAACACCCAUCGACAAUCUCAUUGAUAUUGAGACAUCCAUGGCUACAGAAAUAUCAAGUUUGCAACUGCAACCGCUGGAAAUCAACGAUCCGACCGGUGGACGCAAUCCACAGCAGCAGGAAACUCUGAUCUCGGCCGCAGCGGGCCUGCUGGACAACCUAGCCGAGGCACUGGAGAGUACAGAUUUUAAAUUCAAUGAGCCCUACGACUCCACAUUGUCCGAUGUGAUCAAGCUGCUCAGUGAAAUGGACUUUGAAUCGCUAAAGAAACUAUAUACGGAAGUGGACAUUGGUACUUCGUAUCGGCAGGAGACAAUACGAAAUAUUUUUCACGAGAUUAUACCGCGCAUCGGGACAAAAGCCUCAGUAUUUUUAACUCGCCAUCUGGUCAUUGAGAAAUCUAUUAAGUCACCCAUUGCGGUGCAGCUGCUAAUUCCAAUGCCGUUCCACAUAUUUGAACUAUCUGCGGAGCUGGUUAAGGAGUGCGAGGACUUUCUCAACAUCGGACCCGAUCGCCCUGAUGUGCGGCAGGCGGCAAUUUUAAGCUUUGCCACACUCGUUUAUAACGUCUAUGUGGCGCGUGGCAUUGACAAGGAUCAGUUUGAGGAAUAUGUCCAAAAGUAUUUCAAUAUGUACUUGAAUGAUCGUGACUAUGAACAGAAGAUGCUGUUUCUACAGGGCCUUAGCAAUUUGCAGCUGGGCAAUGUGGCCAACUAUCUGGAGCCCAUUGUGUUGGAGGAUGGCAAUGAGGAUCUUAGGUUUAUGGCUGCCUGGACCACACUCGCUUUGGCCGACAAGCGUGCUGAACGCAUCUACGAGAUCUACUGGCCCAUUUUUGAGUCACGUAACGCUAGUUUGGAGCUGCGGGUCGCUGCUGUCACCCUGCUUCUGAUUUCAAAUCCAACGGCUGCGCGACUGAUCAGCAUUCAUCGCAUUAUACAAAGCGAAACCGAUCCACAUCUUAUCAACUAUUAUCGCACAACAGUCACGAGCAUUUCAGAGACAACAUAUCCAUGCUAUCAGCAUCUUCGUCGCCUGCUUUCCUAUAUGCAUCGUCAUCUACCCCAGAAACCGGAGCCCCGCUAUUGGGUAACAGGCAAUUACAUAUUCGAUUACCGAGACUCAAAGUUCGGCAUUGGAGCCAUGCUUCAAACGUUCCUAGUCGGCGAUCCUAAGUCGGAUAUGCCCGUCGUGGUAUAUUUCAAGUUUGACACUGAGGCACUGGGCAAAUUUACGGGUCAGCUGGCGCUGUACAUUAAGGCGCGUGGCCUACCCGAUGCCAUUUGGCAGACCGUGCAGUCCAAAUCCAACAGCUCUGAUCCGUUUACUCACAAGAGCAUUAAAACAUUGCUGGCAAUGCUAAAAGCUCCCAUUGUCAACUCAAAGAAUCUGCACAUUGAGUUCAUAUUGCAAAUGGAAGGCAAAACUGUGCUCUCCUACUAUCUAAAUCAGCGCAUGUUUCAGCAACUGACCUAUGAUAACAUCUUGGAUCGUCUGCAACUUCUGAUCCGCACCGAUAGUCACAUUAACAUGCAAACAGUGCGUUGGCCAUUUAUGAACAAGUACUCGGUACCCACUGUCUUGGGCACAUCCUCCGAUGUCCUGCUGCAGACAACGGUGCUCACAUCGCUGCGCGGCAAUAUUACGGAGCACCGAACACCACCUGGUACGAAGCACACUCUGGAAAUCGAUGCACGCUACUCGUCGUAUGCUUCGGUGCGCAGCCGCAGCUAUAACCCGUUCCUUAAUCUCGAUCAUGAAAUCAAUCGAGAGCAGGGCUUUCUCAUCUACAUACCAUUCAGCAGUGAGCUGACCUUAAAUGAGAGUGGCAGGUGUGCCCGGUAUAGCUUUACGCGUCCCCAGAACCUGACCAGUGGGCUGUCCUUUAAGUCCCGAGCCGUGACCACAACUCGCGGCCUGAUGACCAAAACAGCCGCCGCACCAUUCGAAGAGGUUAUGUAUCCAGAGCGUGUUAAUGAAGUGUUCCAGCCGUUAAGCUAUGCCAUGCCAGACUUGGGAGUCAAACUGAAGGUCAAUAUAAAUCUUAAUGAACUAAUCAAAUUCCGCGGCAUGGUGCUCAAGUCCGAGUUCAUAGAGAAUGGCUUCUCCCGCAACAUGAUCGUCAGUCUGAUGAUGUACACGUUUGGCUUUACUCAGCUCAGUUCCAUACACUUGGGACAUAAUCGCAACUUUACCCUGUUAAUGUACAAUGAAAAUGCCACCAGGAUUGAUGGCAAUAUCUGCGUUGAGGAUGUGCUCAAAACAUCGGAGCUAAAAGGCAAGCAAAUUCAAUUCACACUGGAGCACACAGAUGAGACACAAAUUGUGGAGUCCCUUCACAAAUGGAACGUCAUCGUGGAUAUUCAAACCUCAACCAAAUCCAGUUGGUUUAAGGUCACCGGCAAGGUGCAGCGCAACUCAAAGGACGAUGAAGAGGAUUGGAAAGCCUGCUCCAAGUUGACCUAUGAACCUCUUGUCUUCACCAAACGCCCGCACACACUCAAUGGGUAUGUGGUCUUUGGAUUGGCCGCCGACAAUGGCGAAUGCCCUGAGACCGGCUCCAAGGUGCAGUUUGCUGCACGCGCAGGCCCGUCGGAGCAUGCACGCGCGUUCUUACGCUCAGACAAAAUCUCGCUGACGGACACCGAUUUCUGUCCCAAGGAGGUGCUCAAGUUCUCGCCCAUACCCACAUCGAAGUAUUGCAAGCGCAGCAACUUUGAAAAUUUCACAUCCAUCACACAAUAUGACGUGGAUCUUAAAUUUAAUAAUAUGCCCGCCUGGUUUGAGCUGUGGUCGACGCGUCUGGAUCAUCUGGUAUCCGCCCUGUCGGCCCACAAGGUGGAUAGCCUGCAUAUGAGCCAACAGAUUAACAUAACGAUGCACACGCCGCACGAUCAUUUUUGGUUAACUGUGGAGGUAAAUGGAGUCCAUUGGCGCAUAUAUCACAUACCGUUCCUCUACAGGCUCGACUCUAAGUUUGAUGCAUCGCACGAGUUGACCUAUGAUUCGGGCUUAAAGCGUUCCUGCUCAGUAAUCAAUGGAAUGAUCAAUUCAUUCGAUGAUUAUCUCAUUAAUCUGGCCGAGAUUGCUGCACAGCCGGAUUGCCUUACUCUGCUGGUGGCCGAUUGUUCCCCACUGCCGAAAAUGGCUGUUUUCCUAACCACUUCACCGGACGCUCAGAGCCUGGCCAGCAAUUACGGCCUACGUGUACACAUUGGCCCCAACUAUUUCAACAUACGUUCACGUGCCGGGAAUAGCAGUCAAGUGGAUGAGGCACCUGUCUUCAUUUACGUAAAUCAGGCACAAACACCACAUGAUGUGCGCCAGAAACCAUAUCAAUGGCCAAUCGAUGACAGUGACUACGCAUUUCGCGUGGAACUCAACGAACAAAACCUUCUGAUCGUCGAGUGCACCAAGUUAAGCGCCACCAUUCAAUUCGACUUGUACAACAUCUUGAAUUUCGAGAUUUUUGGCGUCUAUAAGCAUCAAAUGUGCGGUCUGUGCAGCAAGCCACUAAAUCGCAUGCAAAAUUACACACUGUGCGAUCUGGAUACGAGAGGGACACCGACACCGACAUCUACGCCGACGCCUGUGGGAAAUGUAUCUGAAGUACUUCUUACAUAGGGAUGAUUAUAAAGUAUAACU